CUACGAUCCCGGCCGACGCGCGCAUCACUUUUUGGCACAGCUAUUCCUCACGACCACAGCAUAGAACGAUAUGAUCAGCUAAUCAGUCCGCUGUUGCUCUUUCUGUCAUUUUUUGCCCUUUUGCGACGCGUGUCCAUCGCCGUUGACUGUUGACCCCGUUGCCGCCGCACACACGUUGCGAUCACAUUCGACAUGACUGCUUCCCAGAGCAAAGUACCCGCCAUUGGGUCAGCGCAAUGGAUCCUCGAGGAGCGACAUCAGUCGAAUGAUCUUGUGUCACAAGAACUGGAGGAUUUUGGCUUCUCUGUGCGCAAUGAGCUGGAAUGGCUCAACGAACACAUGACAGACAUCUUUGCCAAAGAUGGGCAACACAACCUAGAUGUAUUCAAAACACCUGGAAAGCUACGCGGCAAGACACCUCACACAACGCGCAAGAGGACCGUUGCGGAGCCAAGACAGCCUCUCGCAAAUCUCUUUGCAGCAGAUCUGCAACAGCGCACAACGCCUGCUGAGCAGAGCCUACGCGAGAUCGCUCAGAGAAGCACAGUCAAGUCGAAAUUCCAGAUUGCCGAAGACGCCGAAAACGAUGCCCCAGUCCAGUCCCCAAUGCCACCAACACCUUUAGCGCGACAGUUGUUCACGAAAGCUACAAUCAAAGACAGAGAGCAGCCCAUUGACAGCUUCGAUCACGAACUCUCUGACGAGCGCUCACCACCGCAGUCUGCCCCUGCGCAAUGGGCGUCGUUCGAUACACAAGAUACAGCCUUCAGCUCGCAAGCCAAUGCCAUUUUCUCGCCUCCACGAACACAAACCACACAAGCAACACAAUCCUUCAGAUACUCGAUACACGAUCUGGAAGAUGAAGAGACCGAAGACAAGGACGCACCAGAAGACUCGUUUGUCUCAGCAAAGGAUGUGUUCCGCAGCAAGACAGCAUCAAACGAGGAUUUGCGCGAGCAAGCCGAGCUGAACGACGCGCUUCUUGAUGAGGAUUUUGAAGAGGAUCUGAGGACAGAAAGUCGCGGCACAGUCGUGCAUCACGACAUUGACGCAGAAGAGGAGGACGAGGAUGAGGAUGAUAUGCAAGACAUCUCACUUUUCCCGAAACCGCCUCGCGUUGUGUCUGAUGCCUUCAGCAUUGGUGCCGAAACCUACGAUGCCCACGACACCGCGAAUCGCCACGCCCUCACACCCGAAUUCUUUGACCCGUCAGACAUCGAUCAUUCCCACACCCCAGCCGGGCCUCCGCCAGCUUCAUCCGAACGAAGCGCACAUGAUGACACGAUUGCUCACGACGACGUUCAGGAUGAGAUGGAGGUCGAUGAAGAGCCCACGCCGUCCGAGCACUCCAGUCCCGUGAAGCCGCUGGUUAGGAAGAGCAGUCUCACGUUCGCCUGUCUACCCGCGCGAGAGCCAAUCCUUCCCAAGAAGAGCAUGGGACGAACAAGCCAGAUCAGGCAUACGGGAGGAAAGAGUCUAGGAGCGUCGCAGAUAGUGCAACCGUUGGAUUCUCAGCACGACGACUUGGACAUGGACGAGGACCACCGACUUGGAUUGCAGCGCGAAGAGUCGGAAACAACGAAGACGCACAAUAAGACCUCUACACAACGCCUAUUUGAGCGUUUUCAGAUGCUCGAGCAGCACGCACCGCCGAAACGAAUCAGCCAGAAUAUCCUGUCGCAGUCUUCGCGGCCCUCGGUCUACCCUACCACUGCUUCACAGCCGAAGGAGGUUGCUGCGCCAGCGCACACAUCGCAGUCGCAACCUACAUACCCCACCCUUCCAGCCGAACCCGAGAAAGAUGAGGCUGAGGAGGAGGACGAUGACGAUUCAUGGAUCGCGGCGCCAAUCAAAACAACAGCGCCCGCUAGCAAUCCUGUUAGGCCUCCGAUCAACAAGAGCCACACUGUGGCUUCACACUCCUCACCGCACAAGUUGAAACCGUCACCAAUUAAGCUGAUCUCAACCUCCAAUCCUGAUCUCUCAGCAGCUGCGGACUCAACCACUCCGGUUGGCUCCCCAGCUGGUAAGAAAUACAUGGAUGCCCCACUUAGUGCUUCAAAGGCUAAAUUCUACUCAGCUCUUCGCGCAGCGAAGGACAAGCUUAUCGGUUCCACAGCGGCGAGUGCCCAGGUCAGGCUCGAAGGCCUUUCUUCCAGCCCCAGACGACCAGAAUUGCAACCUGCACCUUCGUCAGACGAUCUUCCGAGUAGUCCCAAGCGGACUGAGCGGCCAAUUUCGAUAUUUUCCCAUAUGCGAUCACCUUCAAAGGACUCCAUCAAAUCUGCCAAAUCUACCAAGUCUGCCAAGUCCGCAAAGUUGGACAAGUCUGCAGAGGCCCCGGGUAGCCCGGUAAAGGAACGCAAAACCCGCGGUUCUACAGAGCGCGAGAAGGCCAAGGAGCGAGUGGCCCGGGAGAAGGAGUUGCUACAUAAACAGAAGAGCGAAGACAAGCUCAGAGAGAUGCGGGAAAAGGAGCAGACCAAAGCUGCGGCGUAUCACAAGAAGACUGCGUCCGCGGCAGCAAUUGCGAAGGCACCCUCUCAGAUGUCAUCUCAGACCAGCCUCAAGCCGGCUCCUCGACCUGACCCCGUCCGACUGAACUCAGCCCCCGAGGAUCAGGGUACCGAUUCCGCCGAUGAGAUGCCACCGCCACCUCCCCCGAAGAGCUUGCUUCCUACCUUCCCUACAACCAAGGUCAGGCCGCCUAAGAAGCUUGUGAAGCCGAACAGCAAAGACGCCCUUUCGAAGCCUCAGGAGCCACAAAAGAUCUUUAUCAAGAACCAGUACGCUCGAGCACCUCCUCCAGCCGCUCGUCCGGCACCUGUCACUGCGAAAUCGACCGGCCCACCCACGCUUGGCAAAUCGACCUCAAAGCCCAUUGCUGCUACAUUGUCGAGGCCCGGUACAGCAAUGGCCAAUAAGGUUGCACCAUCAGCAAAGUCGGCACCAAACACUCUUAAAGCACCCCCUCCUAAGGCAUCUCGACCCCAGCCGCAAGCCGCUGCAAGCUUUGAGAAGGCGAAGCCUCAAGCACCACAGCCUCGUGCAGACCUUGCAGCUGCUCGAGCUCCCACAACCCUAAGGACUGUCCAAGAUGCGAACUCCAUUCGUGUGCCUCCAGUUAAUACAGCCAAACCCCCCAAACGAGCUCUCGAUAAUGAUACAGAAACCAUACAGCGCCCACCCAAGCGGCCAUCUCAGCUGAAACAAAACCCUAUCACACCUGGACACCCCUCGCAAUACGCCAAGGGCAAGAUUCCCGGCUUAGACUCAGCCCACGCAUCGCAUUCGAAGCCUAUACAGCCGUCAAUGCAGUACCCGAACGGCGACGACAUCAAGCUUCCCGAGAUCAUGACUGACAGCGAAGACGAGGACUCUGAUAACGAGUUCGAGCAACCAUCCUGGGUAAACACACCGAAUCUGCGGGAGAUGCUGUCCACACAGCAGCUCAUGGACCCUGAGGCGAUCUUUGGGCCUAUUGCGCCCCUGAACAUGGAGCAGGUGUUCCCCAAUAAGGAAAGGCACAAGAGGUUCCGUGAGAGAACUUCGAGUGCGUACUGGGUCCACGACCAGGUCACAGACGAAGAGAAGAGGAAGGAGAGAGAAGCACGUGAGAGGCUGGUGCGCGAGGGUGCGUGGACAUACAACCCCUCCCCGAGGCCCACACCAAGGGCAGGACCCAGUCAUUGAGUGCUGUACGCUUGUAGAUAUGACGAUACUGUUGGAUUUGGCGGGUAAUGGCGGUCAGCGCGCCUUUUGCAUUUGUUGUCGUGGUUAUGGCGUUUCGGGACCGCACAGCAUCAACCUUGACAUGGUUGCUUAUGAUGGCAUGGCGUUUUGUUUACCAUUGCAUAGACUUUCCCAUGGAAAGUAGCAUUCGAAUCUGAUCACACCCUUCUCCCAUUGGCAACCCAAAUCUAUAUUAAGAAGCGU